AUGCUUCAUGUAGAUCAGGACGAGACCAAUACGUUGGUUCCAGUGAACACAGUUCAACUUGGUGAACCUGCGACCUUCACAUGUGCUUUGCCUGACGAGGGGUUGAACCGUGAACAACUUUGGUGGUACAAGCAGAGUGCUGGGAAUACUCUAAAAUUAAUAUUGAAACUGCUGAAAAAUACAAACCCUGAGUAUGGACCAGACUUUUCUGCCUCAAGAUUGGAAGUAAAAGAAUACAAGAAUAUUAGCAAUCUCACCAUUUUGAGGACAAUUGAAAAAGAUGAGGGAAUGUAUCACUGUGCAGUCGUGGAGUGGUUUAAGGUUACUUGGAGUGGCACCUAUUUAUCGUUAAAAGGCAAAACUCAGAAGACAUCAAACUAUACUGUCAUUCAUGGGCCGACGGUAUCUGAUCCAGUCCGUCCAGGAGACUCUGUGACUCUCCAGUGUUCAGUCCUCUCUGAAUCUGAGAAUGAGACGUGUCCAGGAGAUCACAGUGUGUACUGGUUCAGAGCCGGAUCAGAUCAUUCUCAUCCAGACAUCAUCUACACCGAUGGAAAUGGAAAUAAUGAAUGUGACAAGAGGUCUGACUCUCAGAGAAGCUGUGUUUAUCGCUUCUCUAAGAACGUCAGCUCCUCUGAUGAUGGGACUUACUACUGUGCUGUGGCCACAUGUGGGAAGAUAUUAUUGGGAGCUGGAACAAAAUCACAAAUCGAGCGGACAGAAAUUCUGAAUUUAUUGCACUGGUGAUAGCAAUUGUCUGCUUGGUCAUUUCUGUGAUUGGAAAUGUUGUUUUCAUCUGUUUCAUCUGUUAUCGAACUCCAAGGGCAGUAUGUGAACAAUUUAAAGGAGUAGAAAGUGCCACUUCGCAAGCAAAAUGUGAGAACUUGAGCCAACCACUAAAUAAUAUUACUGAAGGUGGAGAUGAUCUGAACUAUGCUGCGUUGCAUUUAUCUGGAAGGAAAGCUACAAGAGGAAGGAAGAAAGAGUUGAAGACUGAUGAAAGUGUAUACUCUCAAGUUAAAUGCUAAAUGCUAAAUCCUGUUGGUUGGUGUAUAGAACUUAACUCUGACAGUAAAUAAGUAAAUAAAAAAUUAAAUGUUGUGAUCCCCUGUAA